AUGUAGUCCAGGAGCUCCGCGAAGUCGGAGGUAUUUCCGCUUCAGGAGAUUGAGAUUGCGGCCUUCGAUUCUCGCCGGGAGCGAUCUGUGUUCCAUAGACCUUGUCGUAUUCUUCUCGGAGUGCCCAGCACGUGGUUGGCAGAGCAGAGGAAUUCAGUGAACACAGCAGAGAGAGAAGAUACUGAAAUCUGGCUCUGGUGUAAGGGCCAGAUUCAAGUUCCAGCCCUGCCUCUCGACCUCCCCAAGCCUCAGCUUCCUUAUCUGUUACGUGGGAACAACAGUCAUCAUUGUCAUCAUGUAUUGAGAACUUGCUACAAUGCCAGCUGAGAAGAGGCACAGAGACGUUGGUGACUGGACAGGAGUCACACGACUAUGACACCGGUAGCUUCUUCACAGACUCAGCGCGUCCCCAGAAGGAGGAGAACAAAAUGACCAAGUUCAAGGAGGCAGUGACCUUCAAGGACGUGGCCGUGGUCUUCACGGAGGAGGAGCUGGGGCUGCUGGACCUCGCCCAGAGGAAGCUGUACCAGGAAGUGAUGCUGGAGAACUUCCAGAACCUGGUCUCCGUGGGGCGUCACUCCUUCACACCAGAUAUAAUAUCCCAGGUGGAGAGAGAAGAAAAGCUUUGGAUGAUCAAGUCAGCAACCCCGAGCUAUUGCUCCUCAGGAGAUAAGAAUCUCAAUGGCAUGGAGACCCUUCAGGAAAUUGGAUUAAGGUAUCUGCCACAUGAAGAGCUUUUCUGCUCACAAAUCUGGCAACAGGUUGUAAAGGAAUUAGCCAGGUGUCGAGAUUCCCUGGGAAAUAUUAAAGGAACUGGCUCUCAGUUGGAGAAACAAGGUGACGUGCUCUAUAAAGAUGAGUUUGAUAAAGACUUUAAUCGGAGUUCACACCUUCAAGUUCACCACAGAGACCACACUAGAAAAAAACCCUCCAAAGGGGCAGAGUGUGAGAAGGGUUUCAUUAGGGGCUCUCAACUUCAAAUUCACCACACAGCCCCUGUAGGAGAGAAGCCCUAUAAAUGUGAAAAGUGUGGAAAUACCUUCCGUCGGCUUUCAAGUCUUCAAGCCCAUCAGAGAGUCCACAGUAGAGUGAAACUGAACAAAUAUGACACAUCAUGUAAGGGUUUCAGUCAGAGAUCAUAUCUUCGUCGUCAUCAGAGAGUCCCCAGUGGAGAGAGUCCACACAGAUAUGAGGAAUGUGGGAAGAAUGUUGGGAAAAACGCACAUUUUCAAGCUUCUCUGAUAGUCCACAUGCUAGAGAAACCCUAUAAAUGUGAGGAGUGUGGGCUGGGCUUCAGUCAGCGCUCCUAUCUUCAUGUCCAUCAGAGAGUCCAUGUGGGAAAGAAACCUUAUAAAUGUGAAGAGUGUGGAAAGGGCUUCACUUGGCGUUCACGCCUACAGGCUCAUCAGCGAAUCCACACUGGGGAGAAACCAUACAAAUGUGAUGCAUGUGGCAAGGGCUUUAGUUACAGCUCACACCUUAACAUUCAUUGUAGAAUCCACACAGGUGAGAAGCCCUAUAAAUGUGAGGAGUGUGGGAAAGGCUUCAGUGUGGGUUCCCACCUUCAAGCCCAUCAGAUAAGCCACACUGGAGAGAAACCAUACAAGUGUGAGGAGUGUGGGAAAGGCUUCUGUCGGGCCUCAAAUCUUCUGGACCAUCAGAGAGGUCAUAGUGGUGAGAAACCAUAUCAAUGUGAUGCCUGUGGAAAGGGCUUCAGUCGUAGCUCAGAUUUUAACAUUCAUUUCAGAGUCCACACGGGAGAGAAACCCUAUAAAUGUGAGGAGUGUGGGAAAGGUUUUAGUCAGGCCUCAAAUCUUCUAGCCCAUCAAAGAGGCCACACCGGAGAAAAACCAUACAAAUGUGGUACAUGUGGGAAGGGCUUUAGCCGGAGUUCUGAUCUCAAUGUUCAUUGUAGAAUCCACACAGGAGAAAAACCCUAUAAAUGUGAGAAGUGUGGGAAGGCCUUCAGUCAGUUCUCAAGUCUCCAAGUGCAUCAAAGAGUCCACACUGGAGAGAAACCAUAUCAGUGUGCAGAGUGUGGAAAAGGCUUCAGUGUGGGCUCACAGCUUCAGGCCCAUCAGAGGUGCCACACAGGAGAGAAACCCUACCAAUGUGAGGAGUGUGGAAAGGGUUUCUGUCGGGCCUCAAACUUUCUGGCUCAUCGUGGUGUCCACACAGGAGAGAAACCAUACCGAUGCGAUGUGUGUGGUAAACGCUUCAGACAGAGGUCAUACCUUCAAGCCCACCAGAGGGUCCAUACUGGAGAGAAACCAUACAAGUGUGAGGAAUGUGGGAAAGUCUUCAGUUGGAGCUCUUACCUCCAGGCUCAUCAGAGAGUCCACACUGGGGAAAAACCAUACAAAUGUGAGGAGUGUGGGAAGGGCUUCAGUUGGAGCUCAAGUCUUAUAAUCCAUCAGCGAGUCCAUGCUGGUGAUGAGGGUGACAAGGACUUUCCCUCAUCAGAGAAUGCAUAUGGCAAAGAAGCUCUAUAAAACUACAUGCUUUAAUAUCUCAAAUGGGUGUUAGAAUAGCCCUGUCCUAGAAGGCAGAACAUUUGUUUUAUGAAAGAGUAUUUCUGCCUGAGCUCGACACAUCACCGUGGUUGGGUGACCACAUGGCAGAGGAGCCUCAUGAGAGUGGAGACAUAAGAACUUCAUUCAGAACCGUGACAUUUAGCAAGUACUACACACAUGAGAAGCUGAAAAAGGAUGCAUCUGAUCCCGAGUUAUCCAAAAAUACUAAGACAGAAAUGCCAAAUUUCUUCCACUAGAAUAAAAGCUCCCAGAGGGCAGGGACUUUUUUAGAUUGCCAAGUCCACUUUCCUUCUGUGCCUAACACACUGCAGGUGUCCAGUAAUGUUAAGUGAGUAAAAGGGAGAACAGUCACUUUUGAAAUUUUCAUUCAGUUCCUCUCUUAAAAACUUCUAUAAAAUUGUACUCAGAAAAGGAAUUCUCCAAGGUUUGGAGGACAUUUAAAUUAGACACAUGGGCCCAUUUUCUCAGCCCUACAGGUUCUGUGAACUAGUGUUUAUCAAACUGAAGGUUGUAACCCAUUGGUGGGUCCAGAAGAGUCAGUUCACCGGGUUGCAGCCAGCACUUUUGUAUGCUAACAAUUCUUGAUUGAGAUGUAAUUUGCAUGCGGUCACAUGCAUAACUUUCAUGUUUACAGCUUCAUGAAUUUUGAUAAAUGUAUCUACCUGUGUAAUUACGAAGAUCAAUAUAUACAAUAUUUCUAUUAA